GCCGCCCCGGCGCCUCGCGGCGUCGACAGUGGCUCCCUGCUCCUCCAGCGCGAUCUGGAGGGAUCCCGCCGCCGCUUGCUGGGGCGCCUCUUCCGCGGCCUCGACUCGCGGGCCACGAGGCUUUGGCGCAGGAUCGCGGAUGACGACGAGCGCCAGCGGAACCUGCUCUCGCAUGCUGGCCGGAGCAACGGCACGUUUUGGCUCGCCAUCCCGCACGCGCGCUGGAUGCAAGCCGGAUCGGCGAUCUGGCACAUCGCUUUCUUGAGGCGGCUCGGCGUUGCUUGUGCGCCGCCCGGGGCCACCUGCAGGCUGCGGUGUGCCGCUGCCGUCGAGGACGCCGGCGUCGAAGUGCAGGAGUGCGGCGAGGCGCUUGGCCGGCGCGCUGCGCACGUCCUGCCCUGCCCCUGGAGCGCCACGCGGCUGCGGGCCCACACGGGGGCCGUGCGCGGCCUCGAGGAGGAGCUGCGCUCAGCAGGCGCCGUCGUCGACCUGGAGCGGCGGGUGCCGGAGCUCCGCGCCGAGCGCUGGUGGCUGGACGUCAACGUCCGGUCGCCAUUCAACGCCUCGCUCGCCGACGCGGGCCGCGUCCCUGGGGCCGCUGCCGCCGCUGGCGACCAGGCCAAGGCGUCGCGCUACGGCGAGCAGGUGCACAGCAUCGCCGUCGAGGCGGGCGGUCGCCUCCGCGCCGGCGCCGCCGCGGCGCUCGCGGAGCUCGCAGCCGCCUCGCAGGCGCACGGCCGCCUGCAGCGCACCGGCCGCCGGGGGACGACGCCGCACGGCGCGGCGCUGAACCACGCGUGGUUCUUGACGAAGGGCACUAUGCCCAUGGGCGCAGGGCCGAAGGCAGAGUUAGAGAGGGUAGUGGAGAGGCAGCUCCAGCAGAUGGGGUAG